AUGUUAUUUUUUACCGGCUUAGUAAUACUGAGCUACUUACUUGGGGGAAAGAAAGAUUGGCUACUUAUUAUGUAUGAAGCCUCAGAUUACCUUGAAUUCCUCAACCGUUUGAGCAGUAUGCUCUUCAAAUUCGAACUUUUUGAACAUCUUUCCUCCACAUUCCUGAUUUUUUCACAUUCAAAACGCGCUGUGAAGCUGUUAGAAAUUUACAGAUCGAGGCAUAUUUCUAUAUAUAAUGUAUUUUUAUUAAGACACCCAAAGUACUUCCAAUCUGUAGAUAUUGCACUUUAUCUGACCAGAAGCCAGACUUGA